GAGGAUCAUCAUCAUCAUCAUCAUUUCAAUUCACGCAGAAUUUGCGUUGGCACUUGGAGAGAAGGUCAUUGCACGAGCACGACCGCCCAAUCCCCAAUCUACAACAUUAUUCUGGUAGUAUGCGCUAGGCACUUGGGCAGCAGCAAAUUCAGAGGCCGCCGCCAAAAGAUAGAGAGUGAGGGAGGCGGCUUUAGAAGGAAGGUGGUCCGUCGGCCGGCAAAUGACGACGACAUCCCCAUUUUCCUUGUCCUUCUCGUCCUCCCUCCGUCCCUCACCUCUCCCUCAUCCCCGCAGAGCCACCCUGAUUAACUCAGCCUCAACCCAUUCCAUCUCAGAGCUUGUAAUGAUUCGUUGCGCCGCCCCCGCCCUGGCAUCCACUACCCGGGCCGCCGCCGCAGCUCCCUUGACGUCGCCCCCCCAAAAAAGGCACUGGAAACAAGGCGAGUACCCAGGUCUCAUUCAAGACUUCUCAAUUUCCCAAAAAAACAAGAAGACCCACCCCAUAAAAAAUAUUAAGAAGAAACUGGAUAAGAAGAACAAUGCCAAGGCCUGGGCCAACACUGUCACUGAAGCUCUCUCCGAUUGCAUUGACAAAAAGCAGUGGCUCCCAGCCCUCCAUGUAUUUGAGAUGCUGAAAGAACAGCCCUUUUAUCAACCAAGAGAAGGGACUUACAUGAAGCUCCUCGUUCUGCUUGGGAAAUGCGGUCAACCACAACAAGCCCGUCAGCUUUUUGACACGAUGCUUGAAGAGGGAUUGCAACCCACUUCAGAACUUUACACGGCCUUGCUUUCUGCUUAUUGUAGAAGCAACAUGAUUGAUGAAGCAUUUUCAGUUCUUGAUCGAAUGGUAGUCCUUCCUCUCUGUCAACCAGAUGUUUAUACUUACAGCAUCCUGAUUAAGGCUUGUAUGGAUGAUUCUCGUUUUGAGAUGGUCGAGUCACUUUAUCAACAAAUGGCUGAAAGAUUAAUUACUCCUAAUACGGUCACUCAAAAUAUAGUUUUGAGUGGUUAUGGGAAGGCGGGAAAAUAUGAACAAAUGGAGAAAGUGCUCUCAGGAAUGCUCAAGAGCACGUCGUGUAGGCCUGAUGUAUGGACAAUGAAUAUUAUAUUGAGUUUGUUUGGGAACAAGGGUCAGAUUGAGAUGAUGGAGAGAUGGUAUGAGAGGUUUCGUGAUUUUGGCAUUGAGCCCGAAACCCGAACUUUUAAUAUCCUUAUUGGUGCUUAUGGGAAGAAGAAGCUGUAUGAUAAGAUGUCAUCUGUUAUGGAAUACAUGCGCAAGCUUUCAUUUCCGUGGACAACAUCAACCUACAACAAUGUCAUCGAGGCGUUUGCAGAUGCUGGUGACGCCAAGCACAUGGAGUGCACAUUUGAUCAGAUGCGUACCGAGGGUAUGAAGGCAGACACUAAGACAUUCUGCUGUUUGAUUAAAGGUUAUGCUAAUGCGGGUGCUUUUCAUAAGGUCAUCAGCUGUGUUCAGUUGGCUGGGAAGUUGGAAAUACCUGAGAAUACAUCCUUCUACAACGCUGUCAUUUAUGCUUGUGCAAAGGCUGAGGAUUUAAUGGAGAUGGAUAGAGUUUUCAAGAGAAUGAAAGAAAAGGAAUGCCAACCAGAUUCUCUGACAUUCUCACUUAUGGUUGAUGCUUACAGGAAGGAAGGUAUGAAUGACAAAGUCUACGAUUUGGAGCAAGAAAAACAGAUGAUCAAGGCUAGUGCAGUGGGAGCCGGCCAAGAUAUUGAAUCACAAACCCUUGUUGAUCCGUGGUUCAGAGUCUGAAAUUGUGAUUACUUUCUAUAGAUGUCCAUGCUAAUAGUUCAAGACCAGCAAAGCAGCAGUUUUUGACUGGUUCUGGGUGGAACUACUGAUGAAAAUUUUUAUUGCCGAGCUAGACUUCUGGGCAGAUAAUCCAACAGCAACUCUGCCUUUGCACUUAAGUCGAGUGCUACUACGUGGAGAACAUGGAUGAUCAACUACUUCAGCACCUCUGUUGCACAUAGCUGUCGUUUUAUACUUCUGCAUUGUACUUUUUUAACCCAAAAUGCAGCACGCAAGGCCGUCGAUUGCAAAGUCUCUGUUAUAUGUAUUGUGGAAAAAAGAGUGCCAUCUGAAAUUUAAACGGUCACUGUUAGUGUAAUAUCAGGCUUUUCAUCUCCCCAUUCCUUUUCUUUCCUUUUUAUAUAUAUAGUUUGGUUGGUACAAUUAUAAUCUUUUAUAUACUGGAGUUCCUUUUC